AUGACUUCUAACCAAAAUUUGUGUCAAUCACCUAUAAUCGAUAGUCGCUUUUUGAAAAAUGAUCUGGAAAAUAUAUUUGAGUUUGAAGAAGAAAAUGGACAAAAAAAGUCAGCUAGAUACUAUUGCGAACAAGUUGUAGCUGCUGCAGGAACAAAAGAUUUAGAACUUAGCAAAGAUGAAUGGAAUGAAGUAAAAAAUAUCAGAGAUGUUUUGGAGAAACCUAAUAUCACUACAGUUGCCCUUCAAGCUGCUGAUCUUACUCCAGGUAUGUUUAUGAAGGAGUGGUGUAAACUUGAAAAAUGUUUGGAAGAAAAUGGAGAAUAUGUUGCGCUAGGAAUUUUAUCUUCUAUGAGAAAGCGGAAAGAAAAGCUUUUACACAACACACAUUUUCUUGCUGGAGUGUAUGUUGAUGCUAGAUACAGAAUCUUAUUGAAUAAAUCAGACAAAAUCAAAGCCAGAGAAGGUUUGGCUGAUAUUCAAUUGCGAUUAAAAAGAAAAAAAGUAUUUGAUUCAGCAAAAGAGUCAAAAUCUGUUAAUGUGUCCCAGCCAACAUGUGAUUUAAAUUUUAUCUCUGAAGAUGAUGAUGAUGAUGAUGAUUUUCAAAAUGAGCUAGAUAGAAGAGAAAACACACGCAAAAUUUCUAUGAAAUCACACAUUGAAAAGGAUUGUGAAAUACAAAGGCAUUUUGAAGAGGACUGUAAAGCUAUUGAGGAUGUUGGAAGAAUAAAGGUGAAUGUCUUCGAAGCCAUUGCACAUUAUCCAGAUCGAAUCAGACAGUCAAGCAGAAUAGCUGCAAGUAUGCCAACAUCACAAGCCAGCGUUGAAAGAUUAUUUUCAGCUUUGAAAUUAAUACUAAGUGAUAACAGACAAUCGAUGAAAGAAGAUUUGCUUUCCGCUAUUUUGUUUAUUAGAAUGAAUGAUUGA